AAGUGGCAAGUUGCAACACAAGGGGCCAAAUUACAAAGAUCGUUAGGAUUACGCUGCAGAUGAAGAUGAUGCAUAUCAUUUUUUGGCUACUGUUUCUGCAAAUGCAUCUGGGGCACGCCUGGGUGGCCAGUAACUUCCUCAUGACAGGACCAAAGGCCUACUUUAUCUAUGCAAGAAGCGUGCAGGUGGGCACGCAGAGAGGAUUUGAGGAGUGCAAAUACCAGUUUGCGUGGGACAGAUGGAACUGCCCUGACAGCGCAACUCAACCCAAACGACUGAGAAGAGCCACCAGAGAAACAUCUGUCAUUCAUGCUAUAAGUGCUGCAGGAGUGAUGUACACGCUGACCAGGAACUGCAGCUUGGGAGAACUUGAAAACUGUGGGUGCGACGUUUCCAACAAUGGGAAAAUUGGUGGCAGGGGUUGGUUAUGGGGUGGCUGCAGUGACAACUUGGAUUUUGGUGAAAGGAUUUCCAAACAGUACGCGGAUGCGCAGGAGACAGGGCAUGACUCAAGAGCGGCAGUUAAUUUGCACAACAACGCGGUAGGACGCACAGCCGUGAAGGCGACGGUGAAACGCAUCUGUAGGUGUCACGGCAUGUCCGAGAGCUGCAGCUUGCAGACGUGCUGGACGCAGCUUUCCGAUUUCAGAGAAAUCGGGAAUUACUUAAAGAUCAAGUACAAUCAGGCACGAAAGCUGGACAUCGACAAGAAGCGUGUGAGGGCUGGAAACAGCGCGGACAGCCGGGGAGCCAUCGUGGACGCGUUCGGCCAUGUGGCCCAGACGGAGCUCAUCUACCUGGAGGACUCGCCCGACUACUGCAGGAGGAACACCAGCUUGGGGCUCCACGGUACGGAGGGCAGGGAGUGCCUGCAACAUGGAGCGGACCUGACUCAGUGGGAGCGCCGGAGCUGCCGCAGACUGUGCCACGAAUGUGGCCUGAGAGUGGAGGAGAGGCGCACUGAGGUGGUGAGCAGCUGCAACUGCAAGUUCCACUGGUGUUGCAGAGUGAACUGCGAGGACUGCUCUGAGAUCAUAGUCAAGCAUGUGUGUGCCAAGAGGGAAGCCGGUGAGGGGUAUACUUUUAGGCGGAGACACAUUGGACCCAAAUGAAAAAUAUGACCUAUUCAAUAUUUGUCAUUUUGUCUUUAGCUGCACUUUCUAUUAAUCAAUGUCCAUGUUUCUUUACGUAUAUUUAUGUUUUGGUCUUGCUUUAAUAAAAUAAAAUGUUGAAAAUCCA